UUGAAUUGCUAGGGUUUUGUUUGGCCUUCAACCUGCAAUUUGCUUGCCGCCGUCGUCUCUCUGCUCUGCGUUCUGCUGCUGUUCUUCGAUUAGGAGGAUCUGCUAUCUCUACGUGCAAGUUUAAACGGCUUUGCAGGAUGGAUUCCCAGAUCAAGCACGCCAUUGUGGUGAAGGUUAUUGGGCGAACAGGUUCGCGUGGGCAAGUCACUCAAGUUAGAGUAAAGUUUGUGGAUGAUCAGAAUCGUUUCAUCAUGCGGAACGUUAAGGGACCAGUCAGAGAAGGCGACAUUCUCACCCUUCUCGAGUCCGAGAGGGAGGCAAGGAGAUUGAGAUAAAUUGCUUUACUAUCUUUAAGAUUUUUGCUUAAGUUAUUGCAUCCUAUUUGGAAUUCUUGGUUUGCUGAUUUUGAGAUGAAUUUUGGGUACGAUGUUAAAUCAUGGACAUGAAUUUGCAAUUUUAUGAACAUGGCUUGUUAUUGUUGA